AUGUUAAUUCGCAUAAUUGAUAAGAUUACCUCUCAAUUCUUUCAGUUUCAGCUUUGGCUCUAUGCAUUAAAGAAAAUGCAAAACAAGAAUGAUUUUGUGUUUGGUAUCCAAGCUAAGUCUAGCACAGAUUUAGUGCGGAAGAUGAAAAUCAAGGUUGAAAAUGAUAGAGCUUUGAAAAGCAACCCAACAAAUCAAGAAAUCAAUAACAUACAAACUAAUGUUGGAAAUAUUCAAAAGCUGGACCAUCGGAAGCAAUCGAAAGUAGAAGUUUCCAAGAAAGUUGUUGAGUCAAAUAAAUCUGUUGUUCAGAACAACAAUAAGAAGCAGUUGGAAGUACAAGCCACUAAGAAAAGUGUCGAGCCAAGCAAAGUGUCUGUACAAAACAGUAAUAUUAGGAGGCAAUUUGAAGUAGAAGUCUCUAAUAAAGUUGUUGAGACGAGCAAAGUUCCUAUUCAGAAUAUUAAGAGGAAAUUGUUAGUAGAAGCCUCUAAGAAAAUUGUUGAGCCGAGCAAAGUGCUUGUUAACAAUAAUACUAAGAAGAAAUUGAAGUGUACGGUGGAUCAUCAAGCUAAAGGUUCAAUUGAAUCACGAGUCUCAAAGAACAUUGAUGAGCAAACCAAAGAGGAAAAUCAAAUCCAAGGAUCAACGGUAGAUCAACAAGCCUUUGAUAAGAAAAAAACUAUGAGGAAUAAGGAACAACAUGGUGUAGAGGAAUUUGACGAUGAAGAUAUAGAAGAAAAUGAAAUGGAAGAAUAUAUGGAGAAUGGUAGCAACUAUGAUGGUGAGGAAGUUGGGGGAAAAAAUGUAAAUAAAGAAGAAGGUAAUACCUUAGGUGCUUCAUCCUCAGGACUAGUACGAAAACGUGGAAAGACUUUAUGUCGGAAAAUUCAUGCAUGGGAAUUCAAAGAUAGACAAGAGAUUACCUUGAAUGAAGUAGGAAUACCAAUUGGGCCAGAUGAAAAGACAGUGUCUGAACUUAGUAGUUUUUUGGGGACAAUAGGAAGAAAUUCAAAUUUAUGUCCUCUCACUUUCAUUAAUUGGAUUGCUUUGGUUAAGUAUUGGGAGGAACACGAGAUAGAUCCCGUGUGGGAGUAUGUCAAUGAAAAAUACAAUGUCCCAAAGGAAGGAAGGAAGGCUGUAUUUGCUAUUGAAGUUAGUCAACAAAAUGCUAAAAAUGUAGCUCAACUGAAAUGGAGACAUCGAAUGGGAAAUAAAGGCUUUGCUGUUAUAAGAGAAAAAAUGCGUGAAAGUAAUGAAGAUAAAGAACCUCCGACUCAAGCUGAAAUGUUCAUUGCUACUCGACAAAGUAGGAAAGGAAAGGAGUUGGAUCAAGAAACUAAUACUGCAAUUAUAAAGCUUCAAGACUUGAUUGAAAAUCAAGGUAAAUCUUCUUCAGAAGCUUUUGAAAGUGUAUUAGGCAAACAAAAACCUGGAAGAGUGCGUUGCCAUGGAAGAACCACAACACCGACUCUCUUGAAAAGAAAUGAAGAAAUUGCAAAACUUAAAAGAGAUCAUGUUGCUGAGGUUAGACAUGUGAUACAAGAGAUGGAGGAGAGACGUCGUCAAGAUAAGGAGGAAACAGAAAGAAGAAUGCAGCUUCUCCUUAAGACCAUUCUGAAUCAAAACACCUCAAAUUUGGAUAUAGAGGCUCUGGCAGCUUUGAUAUCAGCUCCUGCAACUGAUGCUAAUAGUGCCUUACGUUCUUCUGCAUCAACACAUGCUCCAACUAAUGAUCAAAACAUGAAUGAUGAUAUCAAUGGAGAUUUUCAGUCAUUCGGAGAUGAAGAAACAUAG